AUGGGACUUGAACGACAGUCAAAUUUGCCUGGAAAAUGGUAUAAUCCAGCGGAGCACAAAUGGGAUAACGAGGAACGCUAUCAUCUCACGUGGCAGGUGUCAACCCUUCUAACGCCUGAAGAGCAGCGCAAGCGGAAGAUCAGGACUCUUAAACUUCACCUCGACUACGUUGUGACGAGGAAUAUUCCUCAAUCAAACAUCCGGAAAUCCGGAGCUGUUUGGGACGUUGCAUUCGAUAACUGGACCACCCUCUUAGAUCGCUACCCUGCUCUGCAAACACAUCAGCUCAUCUCGUCGUCGGUCUCUUUGGAAGAAAUUCUUCAUCCGCGAGUUACAAAGGAAGCAUCAGCUGACCUAUCCAUUCCCGAAGAAUAA